CUCUGCACAGUCGGUGAGUUGAAUGGCACUUUCUAUCCGACGGCAAUACUUGUAAAUCCUCAUUCAUCCUCUGUCCCUAUCGAGCCCUGCUCAAUCCAAGCGACAGACCCGGGCUUCUAUCUUACUGGUUAAUACUACCCAAACAGAAAUAUGUACGCCUGUGCGAAAUUCGUCUCCACGCCAGCUCUGCUGCGCGCUGGCUCCCGCGCUCUGUGCAGACCCCUCUCUGCCUCUGUGGUCUCCAGGCCUGAGUUGAAAACAGAGAGCUCCAUGGCCCUCCUGCCCGGGUCUCCCCUCAGCAUGGCCAUGAGGAGCUUCCAGACCAGCGCUGUGAGCCGAGACAUCGACACCGCCGCCAAGUUCAUCGGUGCCGGCGCCGCCACCGUUGGAGUUGCAGGAUCCGGGGCCGGGAUCGGAACCGUGUUCGGCUCCCUGAUCAUCGGCUACGCCAGGAACCCAUCCCUGAAGCAGCAGCUGUUCUCCUACGCCAUCCUGGGAUUCGCCCUGUCCGAAGCCAUGGGUCUCUUCUGUUUGAUGGUCGCUUUCCUCAUUCUGUUCGCUAUGUAAACCCCUGCAGUCCCCGAUCCCUUUAAUUACACACGUGGCUACCAAUAUUGUUCCGGUGUCGGUGUCUUGGACAUGUACAUUUUGAAGUCUGUUGGACGCCGUCCAAAUAAUCAAAACAUGUAUUGUAAAAAAUGUACGAAAAUUACACUAUUAAAAUGCAUGUAUUUGACUAUUUAACAAAUGGAAGCAUAUUUUGUAUGUCAAUAUUCGCUCAACAGAAGUGAGGAGUCAUUCCCAGAGUGUCGCUUAGCUUAAUGGAUGCUUAAUGUGGGUCCACUAGUGGGUGUUCAUGCUAGCUUUGCGGGUCCAUACCGCUUUCUCUCGAUCAA